AUUAUAUAGCAACAAAGAAAAACCUGUGUGAGAAAUAGAAGGGAGCUCUCGACGACGUCGUUUUACGGGUCAUCUCUAUCCCAUCUUUCUCAAUUGUGUUAAUCAGCUCUAACGCAAUUCCGGCGACUCCACCGCCCCUUCUCAAAGAUGCAGUUUCUGGAGAAGGUGAAAAUGAUAAAGAAGGAAGAGCCGCCGGUGACGGUGAAUAACCCUGAAAGCCUUCCUCUUUACUGGUACGAAACUUCAGAUUCCGUCUCUCGCCGCUUCCACUUCGAAUCCGACGGUCACCUCUCUGUAAAUCUCUCUCUCCCCCCCUUUGCUUCACCAAUCUUCAGUGAUCAUGGUGACUCAGUGCCCUUUGUGUUAAGCAAUAGAAAGACUUUGUUUCGAAGUGUGCUUUAUAAAAGUGUGAACGAAGGGUAUCUUAGGUACACACAGUUUCGAGCACUUCAGCAUUUCUCUAGCGCUGCGUUAUCAGUCUUAUCCACUCAGUCACUGCUAUUUGCUGCAGGCUUGCGGCCUACACCGGCUCAAGCAACCGUCGUCAGCUGGAUUCUCAAGGAUGGGAUGCAGCAUGUGGGAAAGCUUAUCUGUAGCAAUUUGGGUGCAAGAAUGGACUCUGAGCCUAAACAGUGGAGGAUUCUAGCUGACGUGCUCUACGAUUUUGGUACUGGUCUGGAACUCGUUUCUCCUUUAUGCCCCCAUCUGUUUCUUGAACUGGCUGGUCUUGGGAACUUCGCUAAGGGAAUGGCUGUGGUUGCAGCAAGGGCAACAAGAUUACCGAUUUAUUCAUCUUUCGCCAAAGAAGGAAAUCUCAGUGACAUUUUUGCUAAAGGAGAAGCUAUCUCUACUCUUUUUAAUGUUGCUGGAAUUGGAGCUGGGAUUCAACUUGCUUCCACAAUAUGUUCAUCAAUGGAAGGAAAGUUGGUGGUUGGAUCGAUUCUUUCGGCUGUACAUGUGUACUGUGUGGUAGAGCAGAUGCGAGGAGUCCCAAUCAACACACUGAAUCCACAGAGAACAGCUUUGAUCGUGGCUAAUUUUCUGAAGACUGGUAAAGUCCCAAGACCUCCUGAACUAAAAUUCCAAGAAAACCUACUGUUCCCGGAGAGACCAAUCCAAGAUGCAGGAAACGUGAGAGUAGGAAGGGCUCUGCAUAAAGCUGUGAAGCCUUCUCAGGUGCAGAAACUAAAAGAAGUGUUUGCAGAAGAGAAGUUUCUACUGAGCCAAGGCAAAUCAUGGACCGAUAUGGUCUUGGAGCACGAUGCAACCGGUGAAGAUGCGUUUCGAGGGUGGUUAGUUGCAGCGUAUGCCAAGUCGAUGACAAAGAUAUACAAUGACCCUGAUGAUGUGAUAUUGCAAGACGCUUAUGACAAGAUGAACGAUGUCUUCGGUCCGUUUUUGUCUCAAGUGCAGGCUAAAGGAUGGUAUACCGAUAGAUUUUUGGAUGGCACGGGUACAAGAUUUGCUUGGUAGCUCUGUGUUUCUGGUAAAGUUUUUCAAGUGUAGACACAAUCUAGUGGCUGAAGACUAGAGUCAGAUUGUUAGGUGAAACCAAAGUGUUGUGGAGAAAAGAGAAAAGUUCUUUGUCGUCGUUUGUACUUCUUUUUGGGAGGGUCAUUGUUAGGUCUACUACAAUAUAUUAUCAUAUGAUUUCAAAGUGGAAUCUGAUGAAUACUUUUUAUGAAAAUAUAUUUGUUUUAAGUACAAAAA